CCCCACAAUCGACCUCCGGCCCUCCGGGUCCCCAAUCCAUCCCGUCUCCUCGCCCGGCGCCCUCGACUCCCGUCUCCUCGCUUUCCGCCGGCGCCGAUCUCCAUCCUACUAGCGGAGGUGGCGCCGGCGUUCUCCUGCUCCCGCCGCAUCAUCGCUCACCGGUGAGCAUCCUAAUCCAUCCCAUCCGGCCUCGGCCUCGGCCUCGAAUUUCGUCUCCUCGCCCGCCGCUUUGUGCCGAAUCCCCAUCCUGCGAGCAGAGGUGGCGCCCGGCGUCUGAAUAUUUUGCUCCUUCCUCCUACCCCGUUUCAAGCCUUUGCGGCCCUUGCGCCUCUCCCCUUGCCGGCCGGCCCCGCUCAGUCGGUUGCCUCGGACUCAGAUCCCACUCGCAUCGCCAUCCUAGAAACCGAUGAGCAGCGAGGCCGGCGGCGCUGCGGCGAGCUCUGCCUCCGCGCCCCCGCCGCCGCGGAGGACGCCCCUGGAGAGGACCGCGGACGCGGCGGAGGAGUUGUAUCGCCUCCGCGACACCUUCUUCCCCCGAGACCCCGUCGAGAAGGCCGCGGCCCUCCGCGCCCUCGCCGACGACGCCCUCGCCGUCCUCGACUCCCUCCCGCCAGAGCAAAGGAAAACACCGCAACAACGUGCUGUUUAUGAAUUCUUGAGGGGAAAAAUAUUGGAUGUUUUCCCUGAUUAUCAUAAGGAGGCUGAAGAUCAUUUAUCCAAAGCAGUAAAGUUGAAUCCAUCUCUUGUAGAUGCAUGGCUGUGUUUGGGUAACUGCAUAUGGAAGAAAGGGGACCUGGAUUCAGCAAUGAACUGCUUUUCAUUAGCAUUAAGCAAGGGGGCAGACAAGAAAAUACUAUGCCAGCUCUCAAUGCUUGAAAGAAGUAUGGCUCAAGGUAGUGAAGGCCAAGCACAGCUAGUGGAAGAGAGCAUUAAGCAUGCAAAAGAAGCUGUAAUGCUUGACAUCAGAGAUGGAAAUUCUUGGUAUAAUCUGGGUAAUGCAUAUCUGACAAGCUUUUUCGUGAGUGGAUCCUGGGAUCACAUGAAGCUUCAUCAUUCAGUCAAAGCCUAUCAAAAUGCUGAAAAGGAUGAGACUACGAAAUGUAAUCCAGACCUCUACUAUAAUUGUGCCACAGCUGACAAAUACCUAGAGAACUAUGAAAGAGCACUUCGUGGAUUUGAAGCUGCAGCUUUAAAAGAUCCUGGUCUUGGUGCUGAUACAGAAGUUCAGAAGAUCAUCAGUCUCCUUGAUAAGCUAGAUAGUGCAAUGAAGGGACAAUUACGAUCCAAGAGAUUAGCAUCAUCAGUGUCUUCUUUGAGUGAAGUCAACAUAAAAUCAUCUCACAAGAAAGCAACCAUAGGCAUCCUAUCAGAGGGUUUGAACAAGACAGUUGCUGUGUUGGGGAAAGUCAUUCUUUUGAUAAGACACGACAACAUUGCUCCAAUGUAUUAUUUAACAUGCGACUUGGAUCAGUCUUAUUUCAUACUCUCAGUCUAUGGUCUACGGAAUGAAGCAAAAUGCGAUGCAGUGCAAGAUGUUCGGAAACCUACAGUCAAACUUUAUAUACUUGAUCAGUAAUAUCCCAAAGGGUAAUUAAUUGCCCCUUAAGUUAAUCAUGUAAAAUCAUUAUACUUUUACAUGACAUAGUUUCAUAAUAUGAUAUUUCGCUUGUUAUAUAAAAAGUAGAUACAAGUGUUUGAAAUCAUCAGUAUCUAAAACAUAUAAAGAAAUAAUUAGUUUGCAUAGGAAGAGGUCCACUUUAUUCCCCUAAACUAGUUCACUGAAAACCAUGUCACUUCACUCCAUAUUUGUCUAUUUUGUUUACCCUUAUAGAAGUCUAUUGAAAUAUUUUUUUAGGUAUGAUAAUGAGCCUGUAUUUAAAGACAUUUUCUGAAUGUUUUCAUGACCAUUUGCAAGUUUUUCAUAUUUCUGGACUCGGGGGUUAACUGGCCUUGUGUUCUACUGACCUAUCCAAAUAGAAACAUAAAUUAUUGAAAGGAAAAAAGAUAAAUUUCAUUCGGGUGUGAAGUGACCCAAUUCUAGUAGUUAAGUGCGCCGACGCAUUAGUUUAGGGGGAGUAGAGUUAACUUUUUCUUUUGGCAUAUGGAAUCAACUAAUCAGGAUAAGUCCAUUUUACACCCUCGAACUUUUAUGUCUGUCUAAAAUACACCCUACAACUACAAAACCGGGUAUCUAACACCCUCCAACUAUUAAAACCGUUCAAUUUACCCCCAAAACCAAACCAGAGUGGUUUUUCGGUUACGUGGCGUAUGACCUCACGUCAUUGAGCCCCUCUUCCUCUUCUCUCACCCUCACAGUCAGGCACAUCUCUCUCUUCUCUCAUCCAUGGAUCGGCGCUGGUGACCACCCCUAGCCAUGAGAUCAGCGCUGGGGAGCUCGAACACUGCCUCCCCAAGCGCCGCCUCCUCCCGGUGAGCUCGAGCUCUAACUCCAACCUCCCUCCCCCCGCAUCUCAAGCAACGGCUCCACUGAAGCUCCUCCUCCCCGAGCUUGCCGCCCCUGGUCUUGGCGAUGGAUCGAGUGAGCGAGAGGUGGCAGUGGACGCGGGUCGCGCGUCGAGCCCAAUCUUCGCAUCCUUUCGCCUCCAUGCGUUCAUGCCACGCCUGAUUCCGCAUCCAUCCAUCAUCCGCCGGCCUGAGGUCGGAGAAGACGGGGUUGCCCGCCCGCUUGGCUGAGCUCGACACAGAGCCCGUCCCCUUGCCUAAGGUCGAAGAAGGUUGCCGCAGCGGCGAUGCAGUGCAGAGGCAACGGCGGAGGCAGACGAGGUGGGCGGCACUGAGGUCGUGGAGGGUGGAGCUCGCCACCACCUGCGUUUCCUAUCCCCCUCAAGCUCGUCGGCGUCCGUGCCAUCUCCAACCACCAAGACCGCCCAACUUCCUCGGCUCCUUGUGCCACCUCCAGAUCUGCUAUCGGAGCAUGGGGUCGACGCAACCGGUGUUCGCGACCAUCGCUGCUGCCUUGCUCAUUGAGCUCGCCUCCAUUGUCUCACGUGGGUAGAGAGGGGGGGAAGGGAGACCUAGAG